UAGGGGAACUGAGGUGGUGGGGAGGGUGCGGGCGACUCAGGAGACAGCGCACUGUGGCCUCCCCACCAGCUGACCUCGGAUCCCACUGGACAUUCUGGGGGCACAUCGAUCGCCCCUCUAGAGUCACCCACGCCGAUCCCUUACCUCUUCUCUAGACUUCUUUGCCAUCCUCUCAUUUUUACCCUCCCUACCCUUUCCUGGGUUCCCGACCUCCAUCCUCUCCUCACUCCCGGACAGGCCCUUCUCGGUGCCCCUCUUCCCUAGGGAGAUGCAAUGAACCUGUGCCCCGGAGUCCUCAUCGGCAUCCUCAUCGCCAUCCCGGGCACGGUGCCCGUCCAGUGGCGGGCCCUCUGUGACAUCCUUCCCUUGGCCCCCGCCCCAACUGGAGUCCCUGGGCCAGGGCCCAGGAGACCCAGCCAGGGGGUGGGCUCUAGAGCGAAUUGGGUGGAGAGGAGGAAGGACGGGGCCUUGGGCACCUCUGACAUGCUCCCAAGUGGCAGGGGGAGCAGAGUGCGGCGCAGGCAACCAGGAGGCAGGCAUGAUGCCCUCGCCUAGUGACUCCAGCCGCUCGCUUACCAGCCGGCCCAGUACCUGGGGCCUCACCCACCUCCGCCUCCACCGACCCUGGCUGCAGGCCCUGCUCACGCUGGGGCUGGCCCAGGUGCUCCUGGGCAUCCUGGUGGUCACCUUCAGCAUGAUAUCCUCCUCCGUCACCACCACCGAGAGCAUCAAGAGGUCCUGCCCAUCUUGGGCUGGAUUCUCGCUGGCGUUCUCCGGGGUGGUUGGCAUUGUGUCCUGGAAGCGGCCAUUUACUUUAGUGAUCUCCUUCUUCUCCCUGCUUUCGGUACUGUGUGUCAUGCUCAGCAUGGCUGGCUCUGUUCUCUCCUGUAAGAAUGCUCAGCUGGCCCAAGACUUCCAAGACUGCUCUAUGGAAGGAAAGGUCUGUCUGUGCUGCCCCUCCGUCUCCCUCCUCCGGCCCUGUCCAGAGUUAGGGCAGGGACUAAAAGUUGCCCCUAACUCCACCUGUGAUGAAGCCCGAGGGGUGCUUAAGAACCUGCUCUUCAGUGUCUGUGGGCUCACCAUUUGUGCCUGCAUAAUCUGUAGCCUCUCAGCUAUUAUCUGCUGCAUCCAAAUCUUCUCCCUGGACCUUGUGCACUCGCAGCUGGCCCCUGAGCACUCGGUCUCAGGUCCCCUGGGGCCUCUGGGCUGUACGUCCUCGCCCCCAGCCCCUCUCCUACACACCAUGCUGGACUUGGAGGAAUUUGUACCGCCUGUGCCCCCACCUCCCUACUAUCCCCCAGAAUACACCUGCAGCUCAGAAACAGACGCACAGAGCAUCACCUACAAUGGCUCCAUGGACAGCCCAGUCCCCUUGUACCCUACCGAUUGCCCCCCUUCUUAUGAGGCUGUCAUGGGGCUACGAGGAGACAGUCAGGCCACUCUGUUUGACCCUCAGCUUCAUGAUGGCUCCUGCAUCUGCGAGCGAGUGGCCUCCAUUGUAGAUGUGUCCAUGGACAGCGGGUCUUUGGUGCUGUCAGCCAUUGGCGACCUCCCCGGGGGCUCCAGCCCGUCGGAGGACUCAUGCCUGCUGGAGCUGCAGGGCUCCGUACGCUCCGUGGACUACGUGCUCUUCCGCUCCAUUCAGCGUAGCCGCGCAGGCUACUGCCUCAGCCUGGACUGCGGCCUUCGCGGCCCCUUCGAGGACAGCCCUCUGCCCCAGCGACCCCCGAGGGCAGCCCGCUCCUACUCUUGCUCUGCCCCAGAGGCCCCACCCGCUCUGGGUGCCCCCACAGCGGCCCGCAGCUGUCACAGGCUGGAGGGCUGGCCGCCUUGGGUGGGACCCUGCUUCCCAGAGCUAAGGCGGAGGGUCCCCAAGGGAGGCAGCCGGCCAGCUGCAGCCCCUCCCACAAGAGCCCCGACCCGCCGCUUCAGCGAUAGCUCAGGUUCCCUCACCCCACCGGGGCACCGGCCUCCUCAUCAGGCUCCCCCACCACUGCUGCUGCUGCUGCCACGGUCCCACAGUGACCCAGGCAUCACUGCCUCCAGCGACACUGCUGACUUCAGGGAUCUUUAUACCAAAGUGCUUGAGGAAGAAGCUGCUUCUGUUUCCUCUGCAGAUACAGGGCUCUGCUCUGAAGCCUGCCUCUUCCGUCUAGCUCGCUGCCCUUCCCCUAAGCUGCUACGUGCUCAUUCUGCUGAGAAGCGACGACCUGUUCCCACCUACCAGAAAGUCCCCUUGCCCUCGGGCCCUGCACCUGCCCAUUCACUGGGGGACCUAAAAAGCAGCUGGCCAGGCCGGGGCUUGGUCACUCGUUUCCUGCAGAUGUCCAGGAAAGCCCCAGACUCUAGUGGAAAUGGAGCCCAUGGGCAUAAGCAGGUGCCCCAGAGCCCUUGCGGACGACCAGGGCGAGAGAACCUCCAUCUUCGAAGCUGUGGGGAUCUGAGCUCCAGCUCCUCCCUGCGGCGCCUCCUGUCUGCCCGCAGGCUGGAGCGUGGUACCCGCCCCCACAGUCUCAGCCUCAAUGGGGGCAGUCGGGAAACUGGGCUCUGAUGUGGGCUUCUUGCUACAUUGAACAGAUCCAGAUGAAUGCUGGGCCACAGGGCACCAGCUGGUCUGGACCAGCAGCCUCCAGCAUUCCCUUACACUGGCUGACACAAAAAGAAACCUGCUGUACACCCCAAAAUCAUCCCUUUCCCUCCUACCUCUGGGGGGCUCCUUCUGCUUGCCUCUGCUGCUCUGGCCUGGGAGAGCUUCUGUCAUGUACUGCAUGAGUAAUCAGGCUGUUGGGGGAGAUGCCCUGCUUACAGCAUUGGAGAAAGAAAGUAAUCAAGUCCUACCGCACAGCAUGAGAGUAGCUCUCUGAUUUGCCAGGGGCACUAUAGCCAGAACAAGGCAUGUCCCAGGUAUUUAAACAUAAGGGGCCGAAUGCCUGUGCAAUUGGGUGGUGAAGCAUGAAGAGUCUUAAAAAUCUGGGUGGCUUUUCAGCUCUGCCACCUGUAGCUGCAUGACCUUGGGCGAGUUAUUUAACCUUAAUUUCCUGACCUGUAAAACAUUGUGAGGACAAAUGUUUGUAAAACUCUGAACACUACAUAAGCCUUCAAUAAAUUUCAA